UCUAAUUUAAUGGAAGCCAUUGAAGAUAUAGUUAUUGUUGGUGCUGGCCUUGCUGGCCUUGCAACUGCACUAGGACUUUACAGGAAAGGAGUAAGGAGUGUGGUGUUGGAAUCAUCAGAGGUUUUGAGAGCUGCAGGAUUUGCCUUCACAACAUGGACAAAUGCCUGGAAAGCAUUGGAUGCACUUGGCAUCGGAGACGAGCUCCGCCGGCAUCAUAUUCGACUGGAAGGAUUGGCUAUUUAUUCUGCAUCAAGUGGGGCAAUUACUUCUAAAAGACCAAUCAAACCAAGUGAAGGGAUUGAAAUUCGGAAUGUGAGGAGGGAUUUGCUGUUAGAAACACUUGCGAAAGAACUUCCAAGUGAUACAAUUAGAUACUCAUCAAAGGUCGUAUUGAUUGAGGAAUCUGGGAACUUGAAAGUCUUACACUUAGCAGAUGGCUCUAUAUUGAAAACUAAGGUGUUGAUUGGUUGUGAUGGAGUGAAUUCAGUAGUAUCUAGAUGGUUGGGACUCAAGAAGCCAUCCUUUGCCGGGCGGUCAGCCACCAGAGGCUUUACUAAUUUUCCUGAUGGCCAUGGCUUUAGCCCUGAGUUUGUUCAAUACUUUGGAGAAGGUUUCCGAGCUGGGACAUUGCCUUGUGAUGAGAAAAGCAUCUAUUGGUUCUUCACUUGGUUUUCAUCAUCAAAAGACAAUGAAAUGGAGAAGGAUGCAACAAAGAUGAGGCAAUUUGUGAUAACCAAGAUGAAAGAAGCAAAUGUCCCACAAAAUUUCAUAGAAGUCGUUGAGAGAAGCGACAUGAGUGGUCUAGUAUCCUCCCCACUACGAUUCAGGUGGCCAUUGGAGCUUCUUUGGGGGAACGUAUGUAAAGGAAAUGUUACUGUGGCUGGUGAUGCGUUGCAUCCGAUGACACCAGAUCUAGGUCAAGGAGGCUGUUCAGCAUUGGAGGAUGGUGUUGUGCUUGCAAGGUGCUUGGCUGAAGCUUUCAAGGAAGAUAACAAUGAAGGUGCAAAAGAAGAGCAUGUUAGGAUUAGGUCAGGGUUGGAGAAGUAUGUUGCAGAGAGGAAAUGGAGGGGCUUCGAUCUUGUCACUACUGCUUAUGUUUUAGGAACGCUUCAACAGAGCGAUAAUCCAUUCAUAAGUUUCUUGAGAGAGAAGGUGUUGGCUGGCAUUAUGGCUAGGACUUUGAUUAAAAAGUCAUAUUAUGAUUGUGGGAUGAUUUAGAUCUAUUAGGGUUAGUAUCAGAGCUUGCUUUAGACCUAGAAAUCCUUAAAUUGUUCAAGUGAAAGAAAGGUCUUCAAGCCAACUGACUAAGUACUAGUACCUUCCUAAUGUAAAACACUUGUGUGUGUUUUCUUUACAAGUUCAGCAGAAAUUCUUUGCAUAUUCCUUACUACCAAAAAUAAAAAACUAUAUUGUUUUA